GUCCGGCUACUAUUAGACAACAAUGCCGAGGUCAACGGCGGGGACUCUCAGGGACAGACGCCCUUGAUGCUGGCCACUGUCGGCGGCCACAGAGUCGUAGCCCAGUUGCUGCUCGACAGAGGCACCGAGGUCAAUCGACAGAAUAAAUAUGGAAAGACGUCGUUGAUGAUAGCCGCUAGAUAUGGGCACGUGGACCUAGUCCAAUUGCUGCUCGAUAGAGGUGCCCAUGUCAAUGCACAGAGCGAAGACGGAUGGGCGGCACUGUUGAUAGCCAUUCAUGUCCCCUCGGGCGACUACUACUCAAUCUCUAAACUCCUGCUCGACAAGAACGCCGAGGUCGAUGUGGAAAAUAACGACGGACGAACGCCGCUAUCGUUUGCCGCUGAGCUUGGCCGCGACCUCGCUGCCCAAUUACUGCUGGACAGAGGAGCUAAAGUUGACGCCAAAGACAAGCGCGGACGCACCCCGCUG